AUUAGCAAGACACCUACAGAAGGAGGCCCAAGCUCAACACAAUGAUUCUGAAUUCACAGAAGAGCAAAAGAAAACCAUAGGCAAAAUCGCCACAUGUUUAGAAUUGAGAAGUGCAGCAUUACAGUCCACACAGUCCCAAGAAGAAUUUAAACUGGAGGACCUGAAGAAGCUAGAGCCAAUCCUGAAGAAUAUUCUUACAUAUAACAAAGAAUUCCCAUUUGAUGUUCAGCCCAUCCCAUUAAGACGGAUUUUAGCACCUGGUGAAGAAGAGAAUUUGGAAUUUGAAGAAGAUGAAGAAGGUGGAGCUGGGGCAGGACCUCCUGAUUCUUUUUCUGCUCGAGUUCCUGGGACUCUAUUGCCACGGUUGCCGUCGGAGCCAGGAAUGACGUUACUCACUAUCAGAAUUGAGAAAAUCGGUCUGAAGGACGCUGGGCAGUGCAUCGACCCCUACAUUACAGUCAGCGUGAAGGAUUUGAAUGGCAUAGAUUUAACUCCUGUACAAGAUACUCCUGUGGCUUCAAGAAAAGAAGAUACAUAUGUUCAUUUUAAUAUGGACAUUGAGCUCCAGAAGCAUGUUGAAAAAUUAACCAAAGGUGCAGCCAUCUUCUUUGAAUUCAAACAUUACAAGCCUAAAAAGAGGUUCACCAGCACCAAGUGUUUUGCCUUCAUGGAGAUGGAUGAAAUUAAACCUGGGCCAAUUGUAAUAGAAUUAUACAAGAAACCCACUGACUUUAAAAGAAAAAAAUUACAAUUAUUGACCAAGAAACCACUUUAUCUUCAUCUACAUCAAACUUUGCACAAGGAAUGAUCCUGAUACAAAUAACCUGGAACCUAUGUGAAUUUUACCACUCAGAAACCAUCAUAGCUCUGUGUAGCAUAUCACUCUUCAACAGGCAGGAAAUGAGUCCUACCCAUGCCAGUUGGCCAGCAAGUCCAUUACAAAGCCGGACCCCAGAACUCAAAAGUUCAGCACAUCACUAACCUAUUGGAUACAGGUUUAUUGUAGAUUUUGAAACAUUUUUACUUUUCUAUUAAUUGUGCAAUUAAUUGUCUAUUUUCUCAUUACCACUCCUCCUCCCCUGCUUCCCAGGUAGUACUGUUGUGGUCGAUGUGCUGAACUUCAGACAAUGCAGCAAUAAGAAUGUGCUAGAGUUUACAUUUCUGCUCACCUUUGCUCCAAUAUGCAACAUUCUGGGCUGAGGUGGGGAGAAUUGCUGAGCAGGAUUGGACUAGUUACAUUGCCUAGGAAAGUCGGUCUGGGAGCCUGUAGUUACUCUUUACAAGUAUCCUGCCAGAAUGCCAUAGAUCUCCUGAUGGGAAGUGUGGCCUGGCCAGAUGAGAAUCCCCUGGAUGACAAGACUGGCUUCCUGACAUGAACACAUGUAUAGCCAAGGGGUUAUCUGUUCUUCUCUGUCACACUGCUAUUCUUCCUGGUAGAUUCUGGGGUUAACGCUGGAACCAUCUCAGAGUAACUCCAGGUUUUAAAUGUGUUUACAGUAUCUUUUAAAUUGCAUCAUUUAGGAAGAGUUGAGUCAGAUGUUAAAAUACUGCGGAUAACUGCUGCUUCCUGACAACCCAUUGUGAGACCUUAAGACCGCAUACCUCUCCUUAGUAUGCAAAAUAUGAAAAGAUAGUUUAUUUUUUUUAAUAUAGGUAGAUAGAAUUGCCAUUUAUUUCCUAUUUAGAUAUACAGUCAUGCAUUCCUUUGGAAAAUAUGCAGGUCAUUAGUUAUUUUAAAUUGACUAUUUACCUUUGAUGUAACGAGGCAUAAAUAAAACUUUCACAUAGCACAUGAUGGCUAGUUGUUACACAGAACAUUGAGAUUGAGGGGCUUUCUGUGGGUUAGACAUAGAACCCACACAUUUUAAUCUUCAUGUUCUGAUGAGAAGUGCUUGAGUGGGCUGCACUGUCAGGACUGGGCCUGCUCUUAAAUAGUAUAACCUCAUCACAGGGUUCAGUGUAUUGGCUUUUUAAGUAAGUAGUCUCAAAGAAGAUGUUUUAACCUUGCCCUUCAAGAGAUCUAGUCUUGACUUUCAGCACCUACUAGUCAAUGUUUACUAGAUGGAUGUUAAUAAAAAACUAUUCAGGCCCAACCUGAAAAAAAAAAUCCACAGCCAAAUUAAUCUUGAUCAGAUUAAUUCCAAAUGCUAAAAUAAUUCUGACUAUAGUAGUUCUAGGAGAUUAAGAAUUUGCCUUAAAUUAACUGAUUAUCUGAAUCCUAAGCUUUGGGUUUUGGAUCCCAAGACUGUAAGCUUCUCAAAGGCAAGAGCCACAAAUCUGUGUCAUGAAAAGACUCUAAGGUGCUUGGCAGCACUGUGUACCUGGGGAGUACUCAGUACCCCGGGCAGUACUCUUUACCUAGAGAGUACCCAGUACCCCAGGCAGUACUCUGUACCUGGGGAUUCACUUAGUAACUUGUGUCUGAUGUUCCUGACUAGACCUAAAAAAAAAAAUCCCUUCAAACCUACUAUUAUUAAAAUGUAGCAAAGACUGUACAUUGUCCUUUCUUUUUUCUCACAGACCAUAAUACAAAUAGCAAAGUGGUGAGUCUCUGUGCCACAGCACCGGUCCUUCUCAUAACUGUGUUUCAAUGAACUACAGGUGCCUGCCAUCAGGGUUCAAGAGAGCUAAGGGAACAUCCUGUGAUAAGCUUGGCUUUAAUUCAGACUUGAUUGACAAGAUUGUCUUAAACCAGUUAACACAGGGCAUUCCAUUUCACAAGUUUCCAUUGCAGUGAAAGAAACUGCCCUAAAAAAGACAGCCUGUGUUCUAAGAGAAAUGCUUUUGAGGCUGAGGUACUGCUCCUAGUGAUAGUUUAGCCACUCAACCCAGAAAUGUUAGCUAGCUGGAGGGAACUUCUGAAAUAGGAACUUUGGAAAUGGAAAAGUGGUUCAAAUGUGGUAAUAUGUCCUCUGUGCCAUCCUUAGACUGAUGGCUUAUUAUGGGCUUUUGUAGCCUAGGAUUACAAUCCGAUGGUGUGAAGGGAAGGCAGUGGUGAAUGGCUCAGAACUGCCCAGAUAACCACACUGUUUCUCUACAUCUUUCUGACAUUGUUUAUCGUAUUCGACAGGACAACCACAGGGCUUUAGAGGAGAUAUAUCCCCAUUUUCAUUUGGAAAAGGUGGGUGGAGGGUGUUCCUUAGCUUUACUAUUUGUCUUCUUAGCUGAUAAAAUCUUUAUAUGCCAUCUAAACUUAGGUAGUUGAAAUAGUGGAGGCAGGAUAUGAAUGUAAUGAUUUUGUGUCUUGAGGUUGGUAGGUGCAUUCCAGAAGCUGUAUUUACAAUUCAAUCUUAUUUUUAUAUGGUUAAAAAAUAGCAUAUGCUAGGGGUGUAAGAGAUAGUUUGGGGAUUAGGAGCACUGGCUGUUCUUCCAGAGGACCAGGGAGGGCUCAGUUCCCAGUACCCACAUGGCGGCUCACAACUGGCUAUAACUCUGGUUAUGGAUGAUCUGGCACCCUCUUCUGGACUGAUGAGAACCAGACAUACAUGUAGUAUACCUACAUACAUGCAGGCAAAACACAUAUGCAUAGAAUAAAAAAUUAUUUUUAAUGACAUACACUAUUCUGUGGUGUUUUCUUAUAUAAAAUCUUCUGAAAUUUCAGAUUGGGCUAGGCAUAUCUAACUCUUACUGGAGAAUUUACAGGCUACCUCAGAACUUACUGCAUUCAGAGAGCCUGUCUUUGUAUACCAUGUCUUCAGAUGUUGAGGAUUUUAUUUCUCAUUGAAGCUGUUUCUCAUUUUUCGAAAGACCCACGUGGCUUUAAAAUCCCAGCCUACUAUGCCCUAGGUUUCAGUAUCAUGACUUCACAAGACUUUAGGGAACACAGUGUCACAAUAAGCAGUUUCCACCUUUUACAGCUUUACAUGUUACAGCUCUUACAUAAUGUGCAGCAACAAUUACUAUAUAUUGUCUGAACCAGUUGUUUUAAAGACACUGUAAAAGGGAUACAGGACUUUACAUGAUGCAAUACCAGUUCCUGGACUUAAACCUGGUUUAUAAAUAAAAGCACCACUAUUUGAA